CGAAACUGAAAUCUUUGGAGUUUCCCGUGAAAGCAGCAGCAGUCGCCGCUACUUAAAGCUGUGUUGGCGGGGCUAAACUCAUUUUCAUGUUAGAACGACGGCACCUGAACUCACCAUAAAGCCGAACGUCGACCAUUUUCCAGAGAUGGCUCAUUCCAAACCUCUGCUAAUUCAGUGGCUAAGGACUCAGAUUGACAGCGGUACAUAUCCAGGCGUGCACUGGACAAAUCAGCAGGAAACCGAAUUUUGCAUCCCUUGGAAACACGCAUUGAGACAAGACGCUUCUGAUACGGACAUUCUCAUCUUUAAGGCCUGGGCAAAGGUCAGUGGCAAUGGCCGCAUUCAGGGCGACGCCUCGGUGUGGAAGAGGAACUUCCGAAGCGCCCUGCGAGCAAAAAAGUUCAAGAUGAUCGCAGACAAUAAGAAUGACACUGCCAACCCUCACAAAGUGUUCCGCUGGCCAGACUCAACUUCAGUAGACUCUGCUGGACUCCUGAGCCAACACGAGCCUGAUUUGUAUGAGAGUCCUCCCUUAAAUGAAAUCCACGUCGUCCCAUUUCUGGAGAAUCUCUAUUGUGCAGAAGAAUCCAACCCGAAAGAAGAUAUUCUACAGCGGUGUCUACAGGAGAUGAACAUUGGGCCUGAAACAGAGGACACUGCAGCCUUUGAGCUUCCUCCCGAGCAACAGGAGCUCCAGCAUCAGCAUGUGAUUGGCGGGCAGGCGUUGCCAGGGCAACAGCCGUAUCCAGUAGCUUUGGAGGGUGCCGUCGGCGAAGCCAGGUUGCCCGAGCAACCGGCGCAUCCAAUGGCGGGAGCCAUGGGAGGGGCGUACGGGGGCCAAUAUGCGGUGCAAUUUCUAGACACUGUGAACAAGACCAAGGAGGGAAAUCAUUUCAAGACACAAUUCAGGAUAUCUGUGUACUACAGAGGGGAGAAGGUGUCUGAGCAGCUGGUUGACAAUGAAGCUGGAUUCCGCUUAGUUUACAGGCCCCAGAUGACGGAGCCCAUGAUGGACAAGGAGUCAGGCCUGUCUUUGGUCUCCCUGCCCAGUCCCACCACCAUUAGAGAUCAAACCCAGGCCAAGCUGACCCAGUGCAUCCUUGACAAGCUGGGCGAAGGCUUGGAUUUGGGCGUGUCAGGUGACAUAAUUUACGGCCAACGGCGAGGUGAAAUCAAAGCGUUUUGGAGUUUCUCUCAGUUCGACCAAAGCGGUCAGAAACAAGAGAUCUCCAAGCUGCAGCGACAACCACUUUACCAGUUCAAGGACUUUAUCCAAGGAAUUCUGGACUUUAUUGGAGGCAAAUCGUGUGGGCCCUGCUCUCUUUUCCUCUGCUUGGGUGAGAAGUGGCCUGAUCCAGACAACAGACCUUGGAACAAGAAACUCAUCAUGGUGGAGGUGGUUAUCACGUCGCUGGAGAUCUUGAAGAACCUGGCAGUUGAGGGCGGCGCUUCCUCCCUGCAGUCUGUGGAACUGCAGUUGUCGCUGGAAGAGAUGGUCAUAGGCUGACGUUGCCCUUUUCUUUUCUAUUGCCAAAGUCACCAACGUUUACAAUGAAUCAUUUGCAUAGGACUUGCACAAACCUCAUGUUUUCCUCUUGUGCCUCUGGAAUUACGUACUUAAAGUAAGAUUUAUGCGCAAUGCCAAUUACAAGAUCGACACUCAUUCUGUUCAUCAUGUGUUUAAUCAUAAUCACAUUUCACACUUAAUUGGAUGAUGAAUGAAGACAGUUAAAUCAGAGGAGUGAAGGCUAUACCGCGCAGACCUCACAGCUAGGAGACCAGGGUUCAAUUCCACCCUCGGCCAUCUCUGUGUGGAGUUUGCAUGUUCUCCCCGUGCAUGCGAGGGUUUUCUCCGGGUACUCCGGUUUCCUCCCACAUUCCAAAAACAUGCUAGGUUAAUUGGCGACUCCAAAUUGUCCAUAGGUAUGAAUGUGAGUGUGAAUGGUUGUUUGUCUAUAUGUGCCCUGUGAUUGGCUGGCCACCAGUCCAGGGUGUACCCCGCCUCUCGCCCAAAGACAGCUGGGAUAGGCUCCAGCACCCCCGCGACCCUCGUGAGGAAAAGCGGUAGAAAAUGAAUGAAUGAAUGAAUAUCCUGGGGGGCCAAAUAAAAUAAAAUAAAACAGUUAAAAACU